GGAAACCAAUUGAGCAUUCUUGCUGAGUUUGCACGUGGAGUUACAUUUAGAAGCCGACGACAGCUGAUAAAUGGACGGAGGGCAACGCCUCAGUUUAUUUUCUAAUUAUGGAACAAGGAGGUUCCUACUUUGAGUCAGAACUUGAUUUUUGUCCUGAGUGUGGUACUGUCCUGCCCCUGCCAGGUAUCCAGGAUAAGGUGAUAUGCCCCUGUUGCUCUUUCAACAUUGAUGUGCAAGAGUUUGAAAAGAGAGUCAUCCAUACAUCUGUCACAUUCAACAAAAUAGAUUCCUCUUCUUUGAGUGCAGAGAAAGGAAAAGAAGUUAAGGGUCCACUGAUUGACAGAAAAUGUUCUCGGUGUGGGCAUGAGGGCAUGGCCUACCAUACUAGGCAGAUGAGAUCUGCAGAUGAAGGGCAGACGGUUUUCUACACCUGCAUCCAAUGCAAGUUUCAGGAGAAAGAAGAUUCUUAAUCGUGUUUGCCAAAAUACGUGGGAGACAGUACUUAAAACUCCACUCGUGACAGAGAAUCAUUUCUGUAUUUUUAUGAAGAGACUGUACCGUUCUUAGAUGCUUUAGAAGCAUCUCGUUUAAAUUGGAUGAUUGAUGACAGAUGGUGACUGAUUGCACAGUUCAAAUGAAAAUGGAAACAGCAAAAACAGGACCUGACAAGUGGCCUUCCAGAAUUUCAAAUCUCCUUUAUCUCAGUUGUUUUGAUCAGUGAAAGUACAGUAUUCAUAACAUG